AGUCUAUGUACGAGGGGUGGGUGGGCUGGGGGCAUUUUUCCGUCUGCACAUUUUGCUCGCACCCCCUGCACUGCGGUAGCUGUCCGCUGAGCCACGCACGGGCAAGUCGGGAGCUCAUCCACGAGCGAAUGCGUGCAGCCAACAGCGGUCGUUGAACUUCUUUCGCGCCGUACGUAGCCAGCCGUGCUAAUCGGAGGUGCGGAGGAAGAAGAAACUACAUACAGUGGGGGGUUUGUGAAGGCUGGGGGGAGGGCAGAGAAGCAGCGGGUUUGGUGGCUGGGAUGAAGGCAGCAGCAGCAUCAUGUGUGUGUAUGCAUAGCCUGUGUUUGAGUAUUUGUAUGUGAGAGUGUCUCUGUGUGUGUAUGUGUGUCAGCUGGGGAAUAGUAUUGAUACAAAAUCGUCACCCAAGUUCGAUUCCCGGCAACGGUUAACAUAAGUGGCGAAAAUCAGAACCGGUUCAGGACCUGGUGCGGUCCGUAAGGAUCAUCAUCAUCAUCAACACGUGGAAGGCAACGGCGGCGCGGCUUGCUGCUGUCCACACCAUCCCCCUCGUGCGUGGUACCCAUCCUAAUUGGUAACAGUAAAUGCGCACUUACAGCCAGUGUAGUAGACUACAGGGGAGCACGUUGCCGUUGUAGGCUACGUCCGUGUGUAGUUAGUGAGGGUGUGCGUAUGUUAAUUCUGUAAGAACGUACGGAACAAGAGUCUCGGAGACUUGACUCCGAAGGCAUUGAAUGUUCGUGAGCGACCCGCUGUUGCUGAGUCGAGGUCCUAUGGUAAUAAAGGAGUGGCAGCCAAGGAAUGGAACGCAUCCGAAAGAAACAACAUCGAGAAUAUGUUCACGCAGUCGUGUGAAGCAGACGCUUUGGGAGAGAUGCACUCUCUGCACUAUCCCGGCAGUGCUGCACUGCGGCUCGCUUCGACGGGUCCACUAUGCUGGGACCCCGAGUGCAGUGGUUCCUGUGGGUACGGGGAGCCCCUGUUGGAAUCCCGGGAAGUGGGGUUGUUUGGCGGGCAGCCCGGAGUCCUACACUGGCCUCGGAGGACGCUGGACGCCCUAGACUCGGUGGGCAGUGUCCUGGCUCACAGUGAGCUGGAGCCAGAGUGGCUGGAUGAGGUGCAGCCCAAUGGAGAGCUCUUCUACCUGGAGCUGAGCGAGGGCGAGGAGACGGCCGCCCUGGCACAGGAGGAAGAAGAGGCCGGCAGUGCCACACCCUCGAGUGGUGGGGCUCCCGGCCAGGAUGCCGCCCGGCGCAAGGACGGGGGGGGACCCAAGCUGAGAAAGUUGGCAGACAUCCUGCGCAGGAGGAAGACGACUCGCCGAGAGCUGCCAGCCGAUCGAGCGAAUGGAGAUCGCAAAGGCCACUCCGGCGACACUGUCUUCACCAAGGGCCCUGGUGACGGAGGAGACGGAGGCGAUGACGCUCCUCCUCCUCUGGCAGUGGCUCGGUUGCGCUUCCGUGACGUGACCGUCUACGUGAACCCCCUGCGCCGGCCGACGGGGGAACGAGACAUCCGCCUGGGAGAGGAGGCCCCCCUGCUCGGGUCGCUCCUCGGAAUCGUGCAUCGCGCGAGCGGAAGGCAAGGGCGCGACGCGCGGAGUGGGCGGAAGAGUCGCUCGGAGGACUCGGUGGCGCCGAUUGCCGACGAGAAGAUCUCCGUGCAUGGCCUCGUGCAUGGAGGAGCAGCCAUGGAGAGUGGGAAGAUUUACAUAGGCGACUCUCUGGUGGCGGUGAAUGAUGUUGAUGUGACGACCGAGAACAUUGAGAGGGUCCUUUCCUGCAUCCCCGGCCCCAUGAAGGUAAGGCUGACGAUGGAGGUGGAGGGAGGUUCGAGCGCCAGCCACGGUAGAGCGGAGGGUGAUGAGGAGAGUAGCGCCGUCUCCUCCCACUCGGGCCUUGUGAGGCUGUUGAGCGGGGAGGACACGGCCGACCUGCACGCUCGCCUCUCCUCGCACCCCCAUUCCGCCAUGUACCUCAGCCUGCGUCUCGACUCCGAGUCCGCCUGCGAGGAGGAGGACAUCAUCUACUCGUUUCCACAGAGGGGACCGGCGGCGAGACUCAGGGCGGUUCGAGGCAUCUUCCUUACGCUGAGUGACAUGCUGCCCCGAGUCACAGGCGACUCUGUCCGCAGUUCCAGCAUGGUAAUUGAAGGCCGCCUGGUUCAUGUCGCCUACUGGAGGGAGGGCGAUGGCCUGCUUCUUCUUGGACUGCCUGCUGAUAGGGUGCCUUUGGCUCGGCUGAGGAACCUGAUAUCAGACCUGGCGCGGCUUCUGUCCCUUCUCCACGGAUCCCUGCACAAGGCAUUUAAUCAGCGCACAGAAGGGCCAGGCCACCUGGACCAGCUGUUCAGUCUGCUCUUCCAGCAUUGCCUGGAGCCGGAGUCACUUUGCACCUACUCAGGGCCGGGUGCUCCUGCCGCCUCCAGUCCAGUAGGGCUGCACCCGCACUGCUCCGGGGCGGAGUUUCUCGACAACCUCCCUGCUGCUCCCUGGCUGCCGCUACCCCAGGACAUAAAGGUCGACAUUGACACAACAUUGAGUGAGCUGGAAUCGGCAGACUUUCAGGAGCUGUCAGAAGAUUAUUAUUCCAUGCGGAGACUGUACACAAUCUUGGGCUCGUGCCUCUUCUACAAGGGCUGCCUCGUCGCGAACCACCUACCGAGGGAGGAGCUCACUGCCGUCACGCUCUACUGCCGCCUGCAUGGGCUGCUGCUGCUGGCGCGGAGCCCCAGGGCCGGGCAGCUCGUUGUGUGGCGCGAGCUGUUCCCACGGAAACCACGUACUGCCGUCGCCACGGGAUACUCGCCGCCAGAGGGCGCGCGGCACUUCCUGCUCAUCGUCGGCCUGGGUCCCUGCCUGCUGUCCAUGGUGCUGGAGGCGGGUGGCUGUUCUGCACGUGCUGUGGGCUCACCUGGCCCGGACCCCGGCUACGUGGAGGAGGCGCGUGCUACGCUGCUGGCGCUCGACUCGCUCUCCGUGCCGGCGCGAAUCCGCGAGCACCUCGAGCGACCGCCACUGCCCGAGCUCUCCUGCGCCGACUGCUUCCUGGGCCACUCGACUGGUGGCGGUUCGACAGUGUUCAGUCCGGGCCACCGCAGGACACAGUCCUCUCCGGGUUUUCGUGGACCCCGGAGACUCAGUCCCAGCCCUGCCAGAGGGAGACAGGAUGGAGCGGACUCACCCGCACCCGGCGCCACUGCGCAGCGCUCGGCCGAGGGCGGCGUCCCGGGCAUGCCCGGGCGCAGGGAGAGCCAGGGGUCAGGGGUCUCUGCUGGCAGUGGAGGUAGCAGUGGAGUCACCAGUGCGUUCAAGAUUACGAAGAAGAGAUCCAGUCCCUUUCUGCUGGGCGGUGGCUGGAGGGAGAGCGCCGAUGCUGACACACAGGAGAUGAGCAGCGUGUGCAGGCUGACGUCGGGCGCCGAGAACACGCUGUUCCACUACGUAUCGCUGGAGGUAGCGGAGGGUGUGUACAUCGCCCCUGCCCACAGCGACGUGGAGCGUCUGGGUGGCACAUUGCACGCUCAGCUGCUCGCCAGCUUCCACCGCUGCUGCCUCUCCAUCAGGGCGCUCUUUCAGCAGGGCAGUCCGCUAGCGCGAACAGACCGGCCGGACGUCCUCCAGGGCUCGCUGCCCUCUGACCUCAGGGGUGAAAGGUCACCGCUGGGCCGCGUGAGGGAGCAUGGCGUGCUCUUCAACUGCAGUGCACCUUUUUGGAACGACCCUAAAAAGCCUGCGCCGACGCUCACCUACUGGGUGCUGGGGAGGCAGUGCCUGGAGCCGCCUGCGCGAGAGUUCUACGUCUGCUUCCAUGACUCGGUGUCAGAGAGCGCCGUGGAGCUCGCAUUCAAGCUGGCGUUCGGUGUCGCCAUAUGACCGGCUGUAUUGAUCGUAAACGAAUAUCAGUUCCUCCAAAUAUGUGUAAAGUAGCAGGGUUACUGUUGUGACCCCCAGUGUGCUGAGCAACGCAUGAGGUAGCUGCACAGAUGCGUUCACUUCAGUAGCCUUAAUUUACUUGUGACAGGCUGCAGGGACAAGUCUCCUCCAGGAACAAUCAUUGUAUUCCACAGCUAUGCAGAGCAGCCAAUCUUUUGGCACGAAAUGGCUCACACCGAAUGACUCGGCUAUUAUGUCAUCAAAGUGCUUGAUAAGACACUGGAAACACUUUAAUAAGUCACCUGAUGCCUUAAUUAUUGCUAUAUAUUUUUUAAAAUAUAACAUGUUGAAGUAGUCGGAUUAUUGUGUGACCCUGUGUGAUAAGAAAUGUACCAAGGAACACUGCAGAUACGUUCAGUAGCCUUGAUUUAACAAUGCGAUAGCCCACUAAGACAAGCCUCCUUUGUAAGGGAGACCUGGUAAAAGCAGAAGACCAAGGAGAAAAAAAAAACCUCAUUCCACUUUAACUGUUCCGAUUGGCAUUUAAAUGUUCAUUCGUUUAUAAAGAAAAAAAUGUAGUACUGAUGUGUACGUAAUUAAGUUAUUUUUUUCAUACUACUGAGUAGGUCGUUGUUUAUUGUUGAACAAUAACAAGUGCUAGUAUACAUGAAGGUUUUUUGAAACAAUUUUAUUGUCCCGUAUCUCCACCCAGUUUGUGUAACGCACUCAACAGGGCAAAGUGAUGUUCAUUUCAAACUCGAAUUAAAAGCCCUCCUAAAACAGUAUAAUUCUUCUCACUUGACAGCAAUCGCACACAGACACCAUCACAAUGAAAGUUGUCAAACAUUGAUAGUAAAUGUCUCUGCCUGCUUACUAAAAUAUUUUUUUUCCAGGAUACGAGAGGUUUUACAUAAAACGUACGAAAUUCCCCAACAACCAGUGUUAAUUCAAGUCACAGUUCCCUUGUUAAGAGCCUACACACAUCUGCAGGCUCAGAUAGAUGUUUUGGUGCAAUGCACAGCUUAUGUGAAAAUUCGCAGUGUGUUAAAUGAAAUGGAAGGCUGUUUAAUAAACAGAGACAAAUACAAGAGAGUAAUGGAUCGUCACGUCUGCAAGGCCACAGCAAGGCUUUGAGCCAAACCAGUUUGUUUUGCAUCUUAUAUAUUCAGCAGCCUCACAUUUAGCAAACAGGUCCUUUCAACCCUGCUGUAAUUAUCAACUAACCAUAGAAUACUGCACACCUCAAAGGUAUGAAACAAUUAACAAACAUUAAUAUGGUGCUGUCCAACUAAAGCAUCCAACACAACUAAACUUUUCUUAGGUAGAUUUAUUAUUGCUUUAUAUGCAGUUUUUCAUGCAUAACUUAGUUAUUGCUCUGCAUUUUCUACAAAGAUCAGUGCAGGGGAGUGGGAAGAGGGUAAAUUAAGCAGGCGAAACAAUUUUUUUGUUGUAUUUUGAGGAAACAGUACGAUGAGAGUUAAAUACCGAGAAGCAGGAUUACAUGUGACUAGACUUUUAGGACAAUCCCCACAACCGCAGACCCCCUCGUGCUGGUGCUGUCAGAGUCUCAUAGAAAGCUCCACAUCAGAGAGCGGGGGGGGGGGCAGAAUUAUUCCACGCACUUACCGAGGGCACCACACAGCCCCCUUUCCCUCCGCUUCACUUCUUGGGCUGGCGGAGAGCCUGCAUGUAGGCCGUAAGCGACUUCUGGAUGGAAUCCUUGGAGAUGAAGUUCGCAAAGUUUGAGAUGUCCGAAUCACGCUGUGCCAGUAGGUGGUCGAUGGUCGUCUUGCGCAUCAUGGACUUGGUGAUCUGCCGCGCGUGGUCUGGGAAACAAUCAUGUACAAAUUUUCAUGCAGGCAUUGGAGAUGUGGUUGAAUCAGCUUUUGGUAUAUCAAUGUCAAGUCAGCACCAGCUAAAGCAUUUUGCAUGAGUUGCUCAAUUAAAAUAGAUGAUCACACUCAAUGCAGACUGAAUAAUGUGUGCGUAUCGAUUAUUUGACAUUCGUAUAUGUUGUAGUGGACCUGUGUUUUCCAUAGCAGACGGCAGUGCAACAAAAUACAUUGUUGUACUGUACUAUGCUCCAUGUCAAUGCUCGUUACCUUCAACUCACACUAACCAGUGUGAAGUGUGGUCAAAUAACCCCAUGAGCUCCACAGCAUGGGGAGGCCCUUAUCUAACAGUGGAUUGAGAAGGUCUGUAUGCAGUAACUAGAUGCGCUGCAUUCACCACAAUUGUAAUUGUAUUUAAAUUGUUGAAUCGUGAAAAUUCAGCAAAUCGCAAGGGACGAGGGUCAGCCAUUGCAAGGGUAACAUCUACCAAUCCAGUUGUACCCUGAGCUACAGAAAGUCCUAUCAUACUUUACAGUCAAUAUUAGCUUCGUGCCACAGUGUCCAACUUGGCAGGUACUGGUAAUGAAGGCAAAAGUCAGUGACCAACAGCACGCUUGAGUGGAAACCUAUGCCCACACAACCUUAUAUUUCCGUGUGUAAUGGUGCAACUGAUGUCCGACUUAUUUCUUAUAAAGUUUUUGUGAAACACUGA